AUGGAAAAGGACGGAGAAAAUUACAUAUUGGUCGAACAUGCCAGGAAUGGUCUUCUCUAUUUUCACCUCUUGAGUGUAGAAGAAAAUCCUCCCCUUUUAACCUCAAUAUCUCGUUUGACUAUAUGUUUGUGGCCACUCAAAGGAACAACUGUUGUCAUAGGACUGCAUCUACCACAAUUAAGACAUCAUAUUUUCAUGGUUGGUUCCGGGUCCGGGUCCGGGUCCGGGUCCGGGUCCGGGUCCGGGUCCGGGUCCGGGUCCGGGUCCGGGUCCGGGUCCGGGUCCGGGUCCGGGUCCGGGUCCGGGUCCGGGUCCGGGUCCGGGUCCGGGUCCGGGUCCGGGUCCGGGUCCGGGUCCGGGUCCGGGUCCGGGUCCGGGUCCGGGUCCGGGUCCGGGUCCGGGUCCGGGUCCGGGUCCUACCAAUAG